AUGAAUUCUUCAACUUCAUGGAGCGAUUCGUCUGUCCAUGGACCUCAAAAUGUACGCGGAAACCUCGGAGCUAGUACGAGUAGUGAUCCAAAUGAUCCUCGAACGAGUGAUGGAGGGCGAGGGAGUUCUACUCUUAUUGCUUCAAUACAAGAUUCGCAGACUCAGAGAUGGACUUCUACAGCAGAUAAUCAGGCCUAUACGUGGGAUUGGAACUUUGCUGCUCAAGGUGACCAAACCGAAACCAAUACCAACACAUCCUCAUACCCUCAUCCAGAUUUAUCACUACCCCAUCCAGAUCUAAAUCUCGAUUUCCGUAUGUCAGUUUCCCUAAAUCCUCGAAUCUCGGUCGGUCAAACACCAUUUGGACAUCGAAAUUGGAUAUCCUUCACAGGUGGUGUGUGGUCUGGACUAUGGGGAUCAGGAAUCGUAUUACCUGGAGGCCAAGAUAGUCAACUAAUAAUCCCUGACGGGUCAGCUCGUUUAGAAACGAAUUAUCUACUCCAGACUCAUGAUGAUCCUCCAGCACAUAUCGCGAUCAAAACGCAUGGUUGGAGAACGGGUCCUCCUGAAGUCUUAGCUCAGCUAGCGGACCCGGCUUUAGCUGAUCAAGUUGAUCCAAGUACUUAUAAAUUCAGAUUGUUUAUUGAGAUGGAGACAGGUGAUGAGAGAUAUUGUUCAAAGGUCAAUUGUGGAAUGUGGGUGGGCUGUGGAAUGAGAAAGGGGGCAGAGGUGAUCUAUGAUGCAUAUCGAGUAUCAUAA